AAGGAUGUAAGCGGGAUAUCUUCAGGAUACUUCAAAGAGGACACAGACUGGGCAAAUAGACAGUUGUAAAAUGGAACCCCAAAGAUGAAACAGAAUACAGAAUGAGAUACACAAAAAAAUAUCAACAGACUGCUUAGCGGCAGCGCAUUUGAAUGUCAAAAUGCACGUAGUUGCAAGUAAAAUUUGUGAUACUUGCGAUACUAUCGAUAACGCAUCGCAUAUAUUUUGAAAUUGUACCAAGCACGAAACAACAAGACUACCCAUCGCUAAGGAAACAUAAUAAUAUCUACAAUUUCUUAAAAAAAAACAAAUUAGCUGGUACCAAACGUUAUUCGAGCACAUCGAAAAAAUUGAUGUAAAAUUUUAAAAAGUUACUUGACGUGGAGAUUUUCACCUUGUAAAGGCGGGCGGCCAAAUAAUCCACCUCCACCCUAAAACAAAAAAAACCAGUAAAAAGCAUGCCGAAAGUAGUUUCUCGCAGCAUUGUGUGCUCCGAUACAAAGGAUCAGGAGGAGUACAGUGAGGAGAAACCGCUUAACAUAUACUACUGCCUAUGCAAUAAAAUGGCGCUGAUUUUGGAUUGCACCCUGGAUCAGUUGCCGUUGCGAGAAGUAGACAAUGCCCGAGUAAUAAAUGCCAACGAGCACGCCAACAAGCUGACCUACAAUCCAACACCAAAAGUACUCUACAUUCGCCGCAAGGGUAGGGGCAACGCGAUAGAGAAACAGUUCCGAUAUAAGUGCCGCAGCUGCGAUCUUCCUCUUUACUACCGCCACAACCCGGAAUCCCAUGUCACCUUCGUGAUGUUCAAUUCUUUGGUUAACGCCAAGAACGAUCAGCCGCUGGCCCAGCUGCUGGGCGCAGAGGCAAGGAACAAAGCCAAGCUUGCGUCUGCUGCCUCAGCGCCGGCUGCCGGAGGUGAGGAUUCCGGUAUAGUCGAUGCCAGUGGAAAGAAAGUAAUGGUCACGCGGCACACCAAGAAUAUGGGCAAAUUCAGCUCCGUGACAGUGUCCACCAUAGACGAAGAGGAGGACGAAAUUGAAGCGCGCGAGAUUGCCGAUAGCUAUGCCAAUAAUGCGCGCAUCAUUGAGAAGCAGCUGCAACGCAAAGGAGGAAAACUCAGCGACGUGGGCGUCAGAGGAAAGACGGAGGACGCGCCUCCACCGCAGAAAAAACAGCGGGGCACUCUGCUGGAGAGAUAGCUCUAUAUAUUUGUAUAAAAUAUCUCUCCAUCAUGCAUAUGUAUUAUGUGCUGAUGGUGAUAAGGAGACCCUUUAUAAAUAAAACGGCGACAACUAAUUAAU